AAAAUCGAGAGAAUACUGAUUGAGAAGUCGAAUUAAAGCCGAACGUUUUUCUGUCCGUAUUUAGUUACAUCACUAAACAGCACCAGAGAUGGCGAUUCAGGCCAGAAGAAUGCCCGAGGAUCCAUCGACGGCAUGCGAAGAUCUGAAAUUCUUUGAAAAACGGCUAACAGAAGUGAUCACAUAUAUGGGACCAACAUGUACUCGAUGGAGAAUCGCAAUCGUCAUCUUUGCGGUUCUUGUCGGCGUCAUCGGUUCGAAAUAUUUUGCCAAUGAGUUACAGAAAAUUGAAAUCUUCCAAAUUCCGAUGAUCGACAUGUUUCUCACCACUCAUCUCGAUUUUACUCUCUGCUUUUUCGUCGGUCUUCUCUUGUUUGCCGUGUUUGGUGUUCACAGGAGAAUUGUUGCACCCACGAUUGUUGCUCGCCGAUGUCGUGAUGCUCUGUCUCCAUUCAGUCUGAGUUGUGAUCAUAACGGGAAACUCAUUGUGAAGCCAGCAGUUCGUAAUUCUGCUCCAUAAUACUAUCGAGGUGUACACCCAAGAUUCUCUUUCAUUAAAAAAUAAUUGAUCUUGGUGAGGUUUUCCUCCCGUAGUUUGAUUAUUUUUGCCACCGUUUCCUACUUUUCUCUUGUUCCGACUUAUAUGUGUAAAAUAUGGUGAUUCAAAUUGUAUUUAUUUUUCCUAUUUCCCCGCCCAUUCAUGGAGUCGUGUUUUUUGUUUGAAUUUCGUGACUCGAAUAGCUCAAAAAAUUCAACUUUUCUUAGAAACAGCCGAAUUUACAACGGUGCUAUUGUAUUCAUUCAUGUUUCUGGAGAUCUAAGUAAUAUUGUUUUUUAUCAGUAAAUUUUUAUAAA